AUGGACGAAAACGCCACUUUAAGGCGAUUACUUGAGCAAAUCGAGUUGAUGCAAGACCAACAUGCAGCAGCGAUGGAAACCAUGCGCAAACAACAUGAAGAUAUCUUGCAACAAUUACGUGCAAAAAAUGCAGCCUUUCGUGCCCAUGGACAACAUCAUCGUUCCCCAUCUCCUCCUCCUCGGUCUAGCCAUGUUCCAACGGCAACUGAAGAGCAUCAUUCCACUUCAGAUCCUACUUAUAUUUCAGAAUCUUUCCGAACUCAUCGUUCUACGCAUACUCAUGCUAGUCAUGCAACGUAUGAUCAUCAUUCUCCUCGGCGCCACCCCUUCGUGGAUGGCAUCAUGGAAGUUCCCCUACCACCAGCAUGGAAAUCGUUGAACAUCGAACGAUAUGAUGGAACAACUGAUCCUGACGAGCAUAUUGAUGCAUACGUCACUCAAGUCAAUCUCUACACGAAUGAGGACGCCAUCAUGUGUCGUGUUUUCCCAACCUCACUUAAGGGAGCAGCACUUAGUUGGUAUACCCAACUUCCACCCCGUUUUGUGAACAACUUUGACAACCUGGUACGAAUUUUCUCAGCACAAUAUGCUACAAGUCGGCCUCAUCAUAUAACAUCAGCGGCACUUUCCAACCUGAGGCAACGAGAUGAUGAAUCCCUAAGAUGUUUUAUGGAACGUUUUGCCAACAUCUCCAUCAAGAUCCGUCAUCUUAACCCUGAAGUUGCCCUCCAUUCCAUGUUGAUGGCUCUAAAACCUGGACCUUUUGUGGAUAGUCUGUGCAGACAUCAGCCAGCAAAUAUGGACGAACUUAGAGCCCCGGCAGCAGGGUAUAUUCAGAUGGAGGAACAUGCCGAAUUCCGCAACACCAUCCGAGAAAGUCUCUCCAACAAAGGUGAAACCAGCGGUAGCGGUAAAGAGAAAUCCAAAAGUUAUUUUACUGACCAAAAAUCCAAAAAACCACGCCACACGCGUGGUCCUAGGUAUGACUUUUAUACACCUCUUAAUGCCCCUCGUGUUAAUAUUUUGGAAGAGGCUAACCAUGCAGAUUUGAUAUCUCUACCUCCCCCGGCACACAAUCCGCCCAACACCGAUAAAAGCAAACAUUUUCGUUUUCACCGGAAUCAUGGGCACACCACGGAAGAAUGUGGGACUCUUAAAGACCGAAUUGAAGAGCUUAUUCAAGCGGGACAACUCGGACAAUAUGUUCAGCGUGGUCAAACUUCCCGCGGAGGCUUUCGCGGUCGGGGAUGA